AUGACAACCGUAAGACAGAGAAGGGUUGCAAAAGGCACAGAAGCAGCUGAAGAUCAGCCUUCAGAGGAGAAGAAUGUGAAGCCUGAUGGGAAAAUUCUGUCUGAUCAUACAGGUGGAAAGCUGUGGAGCAUACUCUCAGUAACUGUUGGUGGAAUUGUUGCCAUCUCUCUUGGACUCCUUACUUCUGUUUAUGUUGCUACACUGCAUGAAAAUGACCUGUGGUUUUCCAAUAUUAAGGAAGUCGAAAGAGAAAUUUCCUUCAGAACUGAAUGUGGACUUUAUUAUUCCUACUACAAACAGAUGAUUCAGGCUGCUUCCAUCCAGCAAGGUUUACAUGGUUUAGUAUAUGACAAUAAAACUGAAUCUGUGAGGACAAUUAACAUACUUGAAAGAAUGAAUAUUUACCAGGAGGUGUUUCUCAGCAUUCUGUAUAGGAUUCUUCCAAUUCAGCAAUACCUAGAGCCUGUUUAUUUUUAUAUCUACACUUUGUUUGGACUUCAGGCAGUUUAUGUCAUUGCUCUGUAUGUAACAAGCUGGCUUCUUAGUGGAACAUGGCUUUCAGGGUUGUUGGCAGCUUGCUGGUAUAUUACAAACAGAAUGGAUACUACAAGAGUAGAAUUCACCAUUCCUUUAAGAGAGAACUGGGCACUGCCAUUCUUUGCUGUUCAGAUAGCAGCCAUCACGUACCUGCUCAGAACUCAUUUACAGCCGAUUCAAGAAAGAUUGAUGCUUAUGGCUGUAUUCAUAGCAACAUUUCUCUUUAGCCUGACCUGGCAAUUUAAUCAGUUUAUGAUGCUGAUACAAGCAUUGGCAUUAUUUAUACUGGACUGCUUUGACAUGCUUCCCACAGCAACGGUUAUGUGGCUGUAUGUCAUUCAGAUGUCUGGAUUACUGCUAGUCUGUGUCCUACAGUUCUUUAAUUCUAUGAUUCUUGGAUCAUUACUUAUAAGUUUUAAUGCUUCUGUCUUGAUAGCAAGAACAAUCCAGAAAAACCUAAAAACGGGCGGCUUGCUUAACAGGCUUGGGAAACUUACCCUCCAUGUACUAUUAGUCUUGUGCUUGACUCUCUUAAUAAAUAAAUUCAUCAAGAAAAUUCUUAAUCUUGAAUCAGAUGAACAUAUAUUCAAAUUCCUGAAAGCAAAAUUUGGAUUUGGGGCAACAAGAGAUUUUGAUGCUAACCUGUAUCUUUGUGAAGAAGCUUUUGGUUUACUACCAUUAAAUACUUUUUCAAGACUCUCGGAUACAUUACUUUUUUAUGUCUACGUAUUUGUUCUAUUCCUUAUGGCAGUAGCAGCUGUAAUUGUUGCCUUUCGGAACCUCAGUGAUUCAAAUCAAGUCCAGUUAAUGGAAAAAAUGGAAGAAAGCACAGUAACACUGAAGCCUGAUGCUGCUUACAACUUAAUCCACACAAUUCUUUUUGGAUGUCUGGCAUUAAGCACAAUGAGAAUGAAGUAUCUCUGGACAUCCCACAUGUGUGUAUUUGCAUCUUUUGGCCUGUGCAGUACGGAAGUAUGGAAACUCACCCUGAAGUGUUUUCAUCUCUACACAUCACAGAGGACACACGUGAUUAAGUAUUCUAUACCAAUAAUUACAUUGCUGUACAUUGCAUAUAAGUUCUGGCCAGGAAUCAUGGAUGAACUGUCAGAGCUGAGAGAAUUCUAUGACCCAGACACUGUGGAGCUGAUGAACUGGAUUAAGUCAAACACUCCCAACACAGCAGUGUUUGCUGGGAGCAUGCAGCUGUUAGCAGGAGUCAAACUGUGCACUGGACGGACCUUAACUAACCAUCCCCAUUAUGAGGAUAAGCAUCUGAGAGAGAGGACAAAACAGAUUUAUCAGAUCUAUGCCAAGAGAUCUCCUGAAGAUGUUUACAGAAUACUGCGAUCCUUUGGCACAGACUAUGUGAUCCUAGAAGACAGCAUUUGUUACGAAAGACGACACAGUAGAGGCUGUCGGUUACGUGACCUGCUUGAUAUAGCUAAUGGCCAUAUCAUGGAUGGUUUGGGAGAGAAUGACCCCGAUUUGAAACCUGCAUUGUAUCCUCGUUUCUGUGAGGAAGUUAAAAAAAACCUGCCUUCUUAUACCAUACACUUCAGUAGAGUGUUUCAAAACAAAACAUUCCAUGUUUACAGACUUGCUAAGCAGAAAUAACAUUUCCAACCAUGACUUCACGUUCAGUAUUUUAAUGCUAGGACCCACAUUAGAAAAUGCAGAAGUUUACAAACAUGUUACACCGGUAAGACAUUUUACAUUGAUGGUUGUUUGUUUAAUUACUGUGAUUCUUAUUUUUUUAGACAGUUUAGUUUUGAUAA